UCUAAUUAAAAAAAAAAAAAAGAAAGAAAUACUUUACUUAACCAAAAUUAAAAAUAAAAAAAAAUGUCUGUAAAUUAGUUGAAAAUUUGUUAUUUAAAAAUAAAAUUACGAUAAUUGUUAACAAAAUAUUUGUUAAAAUAAUAAUAAUAAAGAAAAAUAAUAAUAAUUGUUUAAAUAUACGUCACAACUGACGGAUUAAUUUGAAAACUGGGACAAAGUGCAGUGCACUCUGGCAUUGCGUUUUAUUAACCAGGUGUUUCUAUGCUGUAAUCAUAUAUAUAUAUACCUAAAUGUAUAUCUAUAUACAUAGUAUUGGGUAAUAAUUUAACAAUUGCACCUUGCUCUAAUAAAUCAUAAAAAAAUCCCAUACUAUCGCCAUUCUAAAUUCUUAUAAAUUUAUUUUCUUCGCUUUUAUUUUAUUUAUUAAAUAUAAAUAAAUGAAUAUAUAUAUCUAAAUAUACAUAUAUAUAAUAUUGUUAACUAUUAAUUUAACAAAGUAUAAAAUAAAUUGGACAUUUUAAAUCUAGUCACAUGGAUUGGCAAUAAUAAAAAAAAGGGAGCGAUUAGAUGAAGAAAUUUUUUAUGAGGAUUUUUAUGGUGAAUAAUGUCAGAUGGUAUUGAUGGCAACAAUGGGGAAAAUGAGGUUGACUCUCAUUCAUCCUCGGUUAUGAAUGUUGAUAAUGGUGAGGUUGGAUCUAAUCGUGAUGAUGAGCAAUUAGAUGGAGAUAAUGAAGCCCAGUUAAAUACAAAUUAUGACAGCAGUGAUGGAGCUGUACCUGUUUUUAGAUGUGAUAGAUGUGAUAAUUACGAGACAUUAAACAAAGCAGCAUUUUCUGUACAUCAAGAGCAAUGUUUAGCCGGAGGAGAAGGUGUAGAAAGCGUUGAAAGUAUUGAAGUUAAUGAGCAAGAUGCUGAUAAUGAUGAGAGUGGACACUCAAGUGGACACAGAUCUCAUAGAAAAAUGUUUGAAUGCGAUGUAUGUAAUAUGAAGUUUUCAAAUGGCGCUAAUAUGCGUCGUCAUAAGAUGCGCCAUACUGGAGUUAAACCAUACGAGUGUCGAGUUUGUCAAAAGCGUUUUUUUCGUAAAGAUCAUUUAGCAGAACAUUUUACAACACAUUCUAAAACAUUGCCUUACCAUUGUCCAAUAUGUAACCGCGGAUUCCAACGACAAAUUGCUAUGCGUGCACAUUUUCAAAAUGAACAUGUAGGCCAGCAUGAUAUGGUCAAGUCAUGUCCACUUUGUAACUAUCGUGCAGCUACCAUGAAGUGCUUGAGGUUACAUUUUUUUAAUAGACAUGGAAUAGAUUUAGAUAAUCCAGGACCAAAUAGUUCAAGUUCAAUAUUAAAUAGUUGUUCACCAAACGAAGCGAUGCCAUCAGCACCACUGUCUGACAGUGGUGACAGUACUGGUAAUCGUUCUGUUGAUAAUGCAACUCCACCAAUGCAUUUUUUAACACCACAUGUUGAGAUUUCAAUUCCUUAUCCGGAACAAACGAUGACUGGACAACGGAAUUCAAGUCCCGCGCCUUUAAAUGGUGACUGUCCUAAUAGUCCACAGAGUGCUGACAGUAACAGCAAUGCGCCAAGUAGUAGUCAUCAUCAGUUACCACUUCACCGGAUAUAUAAUUAUAGGAGCAUGGUAGAGGAUUCAAUAACCCCCUCAAUCUCAUUGAUACCAAUAAAACAAGAACCAAAUAGCAAUGGGAUGGAUGAAAGUGGAGCGACCUCGAGCAAUCUUCCACUUCCCUCGUUAAUAAAAGUAUCUCCAUUAAAGUCAUUACUCCGGGACGAUUUGCGACGUAAGUUAUCCAACACUUCUAGCAGUCUUAUUACCAAUGCCAGCGUCAACAAUAACAACAACAGCAGUAAUAACAAUAAUAAUAGUAAUAACAAUAAUAACACAAGUAGUAAUAAUAGCGGCAGUAGUAUAAACACAGGGGAAAAUAUAUUAAAUAUAAGUAACAUAAAUAAUCUAUCGCAUCUAAGGGAACCACCGAGUUCAACGAGGCCGGAUCCUCGUACCAGUGGACUCCAAUGCACUUAUUGUCGUAUUACUUUUCCCGAUCAGACCUUAUAUUUUUUACACAAAGGCUGUCACAGCGACAGUAAUCCGUGGAAAUGUAAUAUAUGCGGCGAACAAUGCUGCAAUCUUUAUCAAUUUAAUUCGCAUUUACUGAGUAAAAGUCAUCAAUAGAAAUUGUGCCUUCUUAACCAUUAAUUUAUUAUUAAUAAUUAUAAGAUCAAUAUCUCAGUACUGGAAUUUUUUAUAAACCUCGGGGUUAGAAUACUUCUGCAGGCAUGCGGUGAUUUAAUUGUAAAUACGGUUAAAUUGUACUGUAUGAAUGCAGCACUUUUAUCCCAUUGCUGUCAUAGCUUUGGUCAGUUUAUAUGAAGCUGAAGCUAGCGGCCAUAUUAAGUAGCGGCCACGCAAAAAAUUGCUGGCCGCUACUUAUUAUGGCCCCUAGCUUCAGCUUCAUGUCACUUUCUAAAAAAUUUAAAUUGUUACUUAUCAAUAUUCAAGUUUGGACCUCAAAAAAUUCACUUCCUUUGAUAUUUUAUUCACCGGACGCAGAAUGAUACAAUAUUGGCACUCUAAAUCCUCAGAGUGAAUUAUGAGGUUUAAAUGCAAACUCUUGAUCGGUUUUAAAUUCUAACGAAACUCAAAAUUCUCAAAAAUUAAAUUAUCGUUUUCUGGACUUAGUAAAUUUUCGAGUUGAAAAAAAAACUGAGUACUUACAAAAAUAUAUAUGUCAAAUAAAAAAAAUUCAUUUAUUUAUUAUUAUUAUUAUUCGUUUUUAUAUAUUCCUGGACAAACUAUUAAUAGGUCUCAAAAAAAAUUUUUUUUAAACUUCUUAAAUAAUAUAGAAUACAAUAUCAAACAUUUUGUCCUCAAUAAAUUUUUGUAUUUUGAUUGAAAAAAUGUAUACUAAAUUUUCUUUCGGUUAACUAUUUUCUCAUAGUAACCAUUAUAUUUUUUUGAAUGGAUAUAAAUAAAAAUAAAUAUUCAUUUUCAUUUGUUAUACUUUAUAGAGGUUCCGGUAAUUUUUCUGCAAAUUUGUAAUUAAUUAUUUAUUUUUGGGUCAAUUUUUUUGAGAUUCUCGGUCUAAAGUAUUUAUUUCUCACGAAAAAAUGUGAGGGAACCCACAUAGGUUACGUCAUUUGAAAAAUUGAGGCCUAAAUCUUGAGCAGUAAAUUUUUUUAUAUUAUGAGGAUUUUGAGGUCCCCGGAAAAUUUUUUUUAUACCAGUUUCGCCCUCAAUUAUGUAAAAUUGCCCGUAACUACAACAUUGAGGCCUAAACUGGAAUUACUUUCCACACAGUUCUUAAUCUCGUCCAAUUUGUCCCUCAAAUACCUCACGCAGUAUUUUGAGGUUCUAACUGGAAUUUGUUUUUUGACUCGGGUUAUCGCCGUAAAACGAUCGCAUUAUUUUAAAAAUAAUAUCGUAUUUCAAAAAUUUCCCGCUUGAUUUUCACAAAAUUUUCGGUAAUUUUAUGUCUAGCUUCAUUUAAAAGUGGGCAAUUCGGUUCAAUAAAUGCCGCAGAGUGUAAUUUUUGAUCUUAAAAAUACUUGAAUUUAUUAUUUUCAUGUCCCAGAAAAAUAUCAACUGAGGUUCAAUUACGAUAUUCUCCCGGUAGUAAAACAGUCUAUGAAAUAAAAUAAUUAACCACAUUCUGGUACUGUUAUAUUUAUCUUAAAAUUAUUUAAUAUCAAUGAUGACUUUUGAGAAUUAAUUAAAAAAACGAAUUUAUUUGAAAAAAUUUGUUAUGAACAAAGUGAGAGGUAAAUAUAUACUAUAUAUAUUGAUUAUUAGAAAUUAAAAUAAUGCCAAUUAAAUCAUUCACAUUUUGUCCAGUUGUUGUGAUGUCACUAAGCUAAUUAUUAUCCGUCCAUAGAGCUUUUUAUAGUUUUAUUUAAUUAUAUAUUUAAUAUAUUUGUUAUUAUUUCAUCUAGAAAAAUAGUAAUAAUUACUUAUCAGCUUUUUUUUUAUUUUUAUUUUAUGUAUUAAUGAGUUAUUAAGAGAUAAAAGUUACGAUACUAGGUACUAAUUAAUAUUUUUAUUAUUAUACAGUUGAUUUAAAAAAAAAAAGUUAUUUUUCAUAAUCUAUGCAGGAAAUAGUAAAAUUAACUGGCCAAGAAUGAAACAGUUUGAAUGUAGGCCGGUUAAAGUUGCCUGAGCCGAAGUCGAGUGCUGCCAUCACCUGAACCUGCAUUCUUGCUCCAUUUUGUGUCGCCCCUUUUAUUUUUCAUUACAUUCACAGGGAACUUUAAAUUUCAAUGUUUGAAACUAAUCCCGUUACUUUAAUGGACUCUCGAAUUCACUGUAGUAAUUUUCCUAUGAAAUUUUUUCUCACGCCCUCUUCUGAAUUUAAUUAUAAGUAAAAUUUUAAAUUAAAUGGCUGCCUAGUUUUUUUCUAUUGCAAAAUUUUAUUCGUUUGUACUAUAAAGUAAUUGUUAUUAUAGAUUUAAAAUUUACGGUCAAAUAUCGCAAUGUUACCGUAAAAUACUGCAGGAUUACCGCAAAUUUGUGGUUAAUUACCACACCUUAACCGCAAAAUACCGUAAUUUGUCGUAAAAUUCCGAAAUUUGCCAUAAAAUACUGUAAUUUUUACAUUUUGUAAUUCGCGCAAUUUUGCUAAUAUUUGAAACUGUCAUUCUUCUACUAUUCUGUUUUUCGUGGGGCUAAACAAACAUCAAAAGAUCAAGCUUGAAUGCAGAUGUUAUGAAAUAUAUAAUAUUGGAGGUUAUAACAUGGGAACAGCAUAACAAUAACUGCCAUUUUCUUUUAAAUAACCUCACUUGGAGCUUUAGAAAUUUUAACACCAGGUGUCGCUGACGUUACUCCUAAUUUUGAACAUAUUUAGUAUCACAAAUGAAAUUUUUGCGUGUUGGCAGCACUAGCACUAGUCUUCAUCUAGCGUCCAUUUUUACCUAGCAUAGUACUAAUAUUUACAAUAUGAAUAACAUCUGAUUUUACAUAUAUAAUUUUUUCUUGUUUUAAAAAAAUUAAAGUAAAACUUCUGUAUAAUUAAUAAAAAUUUUGAUUAAUUAAAUUCAUUAACGAUUAAUAGAAAUAUUAAUUUAAUUAAUUAUUAAUUGUUAAUAUUAAUAUUCGUAGUUUAA